UCCCUUUUUUCAUGAACAAUCCUGCAACUUUGCAUUCGCGUUGAAUACCACUCUCUGCUUCUUUGUAAAAACAAUUUUAUUUCUUUUCAAAACAGAACUAUCUCAAGUGGUUAUCCCCAGCAAAAUUAAGAGAGUUURGCUGUAUGAUUAAGCACACUCAACGGGAUAGUUCUAGGUUUUGAAAGUUGAAGUGCUUCGUCCAAGUUCUGCUUGGUUGGUUGUCACAAGAUCUUAAAGGCACAAUAACAAUGUGUGGCUAAUCGCAGUAAGAUCAAUACAAUGGAUUUCAAGCUGGUAGCUUUCGUCUUGGCUUGCUUUGUUUCUACAUGCUCAGCUGUUAUUAAUCUCAACAUGGGCAUCUUACUUCCUCGAAUAGAGCCCGAACCAAACUUAGCCGAGGGCCUAAUUAUAGCAACCGAGCUAGCAAUCAAGAGAAUACGAAACGAAGGAAUUUUAAACAGUAGUUUUGUAAUGAACUACACGGAGAUGGACACGGAUUGUAAUAGACUUAAAGCUGUAAAUCACGUCUACAACUACCGYAACAUGAAUGCAUUUAUUGGUCCUGCUUGUUCAGAAGCUUGCGUAUCGUCUGGAUUACUAGCUGCGACAUUAAACACCCCAAUGAUCUCGUACGCAUGCUCAUCACUAGAACUAAGUGUACGUGCAAAUUAUCCCACAUUCGCCCGUACGCAGCCAUAUACGCGUACAUAUACUGAAUUAACACCGCACAUGAUCCUUGAGAUGUUGAAGUUUUAUAAAUGGUCAAGGGUGUGUAUUAUUGCGACGGAAGAUGACGUAUGGUCGCCAUUAGCAACUGUCAUGAGGAAGGUAUUUACUGGUGCUAAUCUAACAGUACCUUAUACUGGUUUAUAUACCGCUAACUCCAAGUCGAAUUAUGAGAGUGUAUUGAAACCUGUCAAAGAAACCUGCAGAAUUGUCAUAUUUCUGGCGUACAGCGAGGAGGUGGCCAGUCUGCUAUGGACAGCAAACAAGCUGGGCAUGCGUAAUAGUGAAUAUGCAUUCAUAACWCUAGAYUUUAACAUAGAAGAACGAUAUGUGAACGGCUCGUGGCCUUACGUACCRAAAGAGGAAUUAUUUGCCACGUUUGACGGUAUUCUGGACAUGGCGAUCGGUAAGCCAGACAGUUCGAAGUACACUGAGACSGUWAAAGAACUGGAAACUAUCAUAAAGAGUAAAGGUUUGAGGAUCAUUAACCAGACCCUUAUAUUUGGUACGUAUAUUAUCGACGCCAUAACACUCUAUGCUUACGGUGUCAAUAAAACAAUCGAAAAAGGAGGGAACUACACAGAUGGACGAGCUGUCAUCAACUCUGUGUCAAUCAACGAAAGACUGUUUGAAGGUGCAACAGGAGUCGUCGGUAUCUUCACCAAUGGUAACAGAGUGCCCAUCUUUGUAUUUACAAACAGAAAAUCAAACAUCAUGGUCCCUCACAUUAAGUUUAACCUUCUAAAGAAACCCGGAGAAGCAGGAUACUUUACUGUGAUCAAUGGAUCUCAGGUGGUUUAUCCGGGGGGAGGCACGAAGAGACCUUUAGACGUACCAAUAUGUGGGUUUGAUGGGAAAAAGUGCCCUCCUCCUGAUGAUUCUUUGAGUGAUUGGUAUUUCUUGCUGCUGCUUAUACCGCUGUUCCUGAUAAUACUUUGUGUAGCUUUKGUCUUUUAUUACAGGAGAAAAGCCUUUGAGAGAGAUCUCCUUGAUUCCAGAUGGUUGAUUGAUUACCGAGACUUGACUUUUGUUUCGGCAGAUGCUCGAUACUCCACGGCACGAAGUCGAAUUUCCAUCGCCAGUUCUAUGGGAUUUUCACAUCAAAUGCUAAACUCCAUAAACAUUGGACGAUUAAGGGGUGAACUUGUAGURGUCAAGAAACUAAGAAAAGAUCAAGUCAAUUUGACACGAGAAAUGCUCAUCGACAUGAAAAAGGUUCGCGACUUGCACCACGCUAAUCUCCUGCCUUACCUCGGGGUUUGCGUCGAGUCGCCAAACAUUUGCAUCAUCUCAAUGUUCUGUAAUAGAGGCACCUUGCAGGAUAUCCUAGGCAACGAUGACAUCAAGCUGGAAUGGAUGUUUCGUCAGUCAUUUGCAAACGACAUCGUCACUGGUAUGGAGGCUUUACAUAGUAGUGCAGUUCAUGUCCAUGGMAACCUCAAAUCAACAAACUGCUUGAUUGACAGUCGGUGGGCGUGUCGUAUCGGUGGUUAUGGUCUUGAAAUUCUUCGUGAAAAUCAACUUGAAAAGGACAUCGGUGAACAUGCCAAAUAUCGUGAUAUGAUGUGGACAGCACCAGAGCAUCUGGAUCACCAAAGUAAAAGAAAAGUCUCUUUUCCUAGAAAAACCAACAUUGUGGACAACAUGAUAGCGAUGAUGGAAAAAUACACAGAUCAGCUUGAAGUUUUGGUUGAGGAAAGAACUAAGGAGUUAGCGGCAGAGAAAGCGAAGACAGACGAAUUAUUGUAUAAAAUGUUACCAAAGCCAAUAGCUGAACAGCUAAAGAAGGGCAAUUCAGUUGCCGCUGAAAGCUUCACCAGUGUCACGAUAUUCUUCAGCGAUAUCGUGGGUUUUACAGCUGUUGCUGCGCAAAGCACACCUUUCCAGGUCGUGGACCUCCUCAAUGCUCUUUACACAUGUUUCGAUCAAGUCGUCGACAAACACGAUGUUUACAAGGUUGAAACUAUUGGAGAUGCGUACAUGAUUGUGUCUGGGCUGCCUGUGCGCAAUGAGAAUAGACAUGCAGGGGAAAUAGCGACAACAUCUCUUGAUCUGUUAAGUGCUGUGCGUGAUUUUCAAAUCCCUCAUAUACCAUCCAGGAAAGUACAGCUAAGAAUUGGAAUCCACACCGGUCCAUGUGUUGCUGGUGUUGUUGGUCUAAAAAUGCCUCGAUAUUGUUUAUUUGGUGACACAGUGAACUAUGCAUCAAGAAUGGAAUCCAGUGGGCUCGCGUUAAGAAUACACGUUAGUCCUGAGUGCCGAGAGGUACUGGAAGAGCUGGGAGGAUUUCACAUUCAAGAGAGGGGACCUGUCAGCAUGAAGGGUAAAGGAACCAUUGUUACAUACUUUCUUCUUGGUAAAGAUGGAUACGACAAGCCACUUCCCGACUUACGAGACGCACUACCACCGGAGGCUCACGAAUUCAAGUAAAAGACCAACACGAACACCUUCCUCUACGAUAACUAUCCGAGUAGUAUCCGAUGUAGCGACGACUUCUUUUCCGUCGAGAAUUCGGGUGACUCUGUCCUUUCCGGGAAGUAUCCGAGUCAAGUCCGACGCAAACACGAACACUAUAUUCUUAUAAUGAGYAUUUGUAAAAAUUUGGCCAUCUCCGAAAUCUGUCCGAGUGCGACCCGAUGCUGUCCCGAAAGUAGGCGGUUUGUGCACUUGAUAACAAUUAAAGAAUAAAAUGAAUUCUAGUAAAUGUAUAUAGAAAAUAAGUACACGCUCUAAAGAGCGCUUCAACAGCUAAAUUUAAGCACGAAAUGGAAAUAGAGCAUUGCCAGACACGUUUAAAUACUGCAAUUCCAUGUACAUAUCUCAGACACGAUGGUGUUCCUUAAUGUACAAAUACUUUUUAUUGUCAUUCAAUGGUAUGAAACGUAAUAUGAAUGGGAAACAAAUUGGUAACAGAUAAUAGUUACUUAAAGAAUCGCAAUCAACAUUGGUUAAAAUUUCAUGGUUUUACAAGCGCAAAGUUCUCCUUUGCAGCCGAAUAAAUAAUGAAACCAUACGAUAUUUAUAUUUUCUUUUAUUAUUUCAUUAUUAAAAUAUCUCCAUUAUGUAAUAAACAACUUGAUAAGAC